AUGGAGCAGGUGCAGUUCCUAGGCCCGGGGAUGGACCCAGUCUCGGAGAACCGCCCUCAUCCUGUCCCUAGUGGAGAGUCCUUGCACUGGCUGACUUUAGGCGAGGUCAGCCAUGGGGGACAGCAGUGUUUCCUGGUCUCUGCCCUUUGGGCCCCUGGAAUGAAAGCGGGGCCUCCACAGCCAGCAGGGUCCCUGCCCCUUGCUCUUGCUCCCCUCAGCACCUUCUCCAAGCGUCCGCUCAGCACUGCGGUUCUGGAGGCCCUCUCAGCCGAAGAGUCCUCCAAGGCAAGGAAUCUCGAAAAUCGAUUGGAAAUAGAUGGGUUUCCUCCAUCUCCACUUGUCGUAAAGGACUUUAUUGUAUUGCGAGGGCUUUGCUCACCCGCAUUGGGCAGGCCCGGGCAACUUUUAAACGGCCACACGAACAACUGGGCGGUGCUGGUCUGCACUUCCAGGUUCUGGUUCAAUUAUCGCCACGUGGCCAACACGCUCUCUGUUUAUAGAAGUGUCAAGAGACUCGGGAUUCCUGACAGUCACAUCGUCCUGAUGCUUGCGGACGACAUGGCAUGCAACCCCAGAAACCCUAAGCCGGCCACCGUGUUUAGCCACAAAAACAUGGAACUGAACGUUUAUGGAGACGAUGUGGAAGUCGAUUAUAGAAGCUACGAGGUGACCGUGGAGAACUUUCUGCGCGUGCUGACGGGAAGGGUCCCCCCGAGCACCCCGCGGUCCAAGCGCCUCCUCUCUGAUGACCGAAGUAACAUUCUGAUUUAUAUGACGGGCCACGGGGGGAACGGCUUCCUGAAGUUCCAGGACUCUGAAGAGAUCACCAACGUAGAACUCGCUGACGCCUUCGAACAAAUGUGGCAGAAGAGGCGCUACCACGAGAUGCUGUUCAUCAUUGACACUUGCCAGGGGGCGUCCAUGUACGAGCGCUUCUACUCCCCCAACGUCAUGGCGCUGGCCAGCAGCCAAGUGGGCGAGGACUCCCUCUCGCACCAGCCUGACCUCGCCAUCGGCGUCCACCUCAUGGACAGGUACACCUUCUACGUCCUGGAGUUUCUGGAGGAGAUCCACCCGGCCAGCCAGGCCAACAUGAACGACCUGUUUCAGGUGUGCCCCAAGAGCUUGUGCGUCUCGACUCCCGGACAUCGGACCGACCUUUUUCAGAGAAAUCCUCAGAACGUGCUGAUAACGGAUUUCUUCGGAAGCGUGAGGAAGGUGGAGAUCACCACGGAGAGGGUGGCCCUGAAGCCGGACCCGAGCUCCCUGGGGUACAGUCACCUCAAAUGCCAAAAGGAUGAAGAACUGACAGAACCACUUAAUUAUGCCGAACAGCUUCCUGUGGCUCAAAUAAUUCACCAGAAACCCAAGCAGAAGGAAUGGCACCCGCCGGGAGGCUUCAUCCUGGGGCUCUGGGCCCUCAUCCUCAUGGUGUUCUUCAAGACAUACGGCAUCAAGCACAUGAAGUACGUGUUUUAGGGGCCGAGGCCUCGGAGACCCCAGCUCCUGGUCUCCCGCUCGUGCUCAGGCCCUUCCGUUGUCUGUGCUAACUGUGGGGUGGGUGGGUUGUGCCUUGGGUGAUGGUUUCAGAUGUUAACUUUUCAGGGUGAGACCUUCAGGUUUGUUAAUAAAUGUGGAACAGCCCUCCCCUC